AUGGCCACACGCGCUGAGCGCAUGCAGCAGCGCAUUCGUGGUGCCGGACAUGGACAAGUCGAAGAAGUGUCCUUUCAGCUAAUGCUCAGUGACGAGACAACAUCGACUGUCGCACCAACGAGCCCAGAAAACCCUCCCGCACCGACCCCGCCCGUUCAAGCAACACGGUCGACGCCCAACACAUCCGCGAAGCGAAAGCGAGUCGGAAAAAGCUCUGAGAGGCAAGAUGAUCGCUCCAAAGCCAGCGCAGAGAAGCUUGCCAUCACUGCCCGCGAAGAGCCGGCAGAUGCGACGCCAGUUUCAAGAAUUGCGACGCCAGAAGCUACUGCGCCUAUCGACGAACUCGAUGGCCGGUUUCUCAGCAGCCAGAAAGGAUGUCGUCAGCAGGUAUACGUGCGUCGAGAACAUCAGCCCCGCCGCGAAGAGAUAGAAGAAAGCCCGGCAACAGCACCAGCCCACCAGCAAGCGACAUACGCGAAACCGCCGAGGUGA